ACCUCCUCUGCUUCAGCUGCUCCGACCAAGAAAAUGGCCUCCAUCGCCCUGAAAUCCUUCAUCGGCCUCCGCCAAACCGCCGCGGAGAAAACCAAUUUCACAAUGCAAGCAAAACCCGUUUCUCCGAAACCCUCAAACCACCGAACCCUCCAAGUCAAAGCCGCCAAGACCAGCCCAAAAGUCACCGGUCGAAACCUCCGCGUCGCCGUCAUAGGAGGCGGACCCGCCGGCGGCGCGGCCGCAGAAACUCUAGCCAAGGGCGGCGUCGAGACGUUCCUCAUCGAGCGGAAGAUGGACAACUGCAAGCCCUGCGGCGGGGCCAUCCCGCUCUGCAUGGUGGGCGAGUUCGACCUCCCGCUGGACAUCAUUGACCGCCGCGUCACAAAGAUGAAGAUGAUAUCGCCAUCGAACGUGGCGGUGGACAUCGGGCAGACCCUGAAGCCACACGAGUACAUUGGGAUGGUGAGGCGGGAGGUGCUGGACCAGUACCUGAGGAACAGGGCGAGUGAGAACGGCGCGACGGUGAUAAAUGGGUUGUUUUUGAAGAUGGAUAAGCCGGGAGAUGGGGAGGCGCCGUACGUCCUGCAUUACACAGAGUACGACGGGAAGGCCGGCGGCGCCGGCGUGAAGAAGACGAUGGAGGUUGAUGCGGUGAUUGGAGCUGAUGGGGCAAAUUCCAGAGUGGCCAAGAGCAUUGAUGCUGGUGAUUAUGAGUAUGCUAUUGCCUUCCAGGAGAGAAUCAAAAUCCCCGAUGACAAGAUGGUGUACUAUGAAAACCUCGCUGAGAUGUAUGUCGGCGAUGAUGUCUCGCCAGACUUUUACGGGUGGGUGUUCCCGAAAUGUGACCAUGUAGCAGUUGGUACCGGCACUGUGACUCACAAAGGAGACAUCAAGAAAUUCCAACUAGCAACAAGAAACAGAGCCAAUGACAAGAUUCUAGGCGGCAAAAUUCUCCGGGUGGAGGCACAUCCAAUUCCAGAACACCCCCGGCCACGAAGGUUGGCAGGCAGAGUAGCACUCGUUGGUGAUGCAGCCGGGUACGUAACAAAGUGUUCUGGUGAAGGCAUCUACUUUGCGGCAAAGAGUGGCAGGAUGUGUGCCGAGGCAAUAGUUGAGGGGUCGGAGAAUGGGAAGAGGAUGGUGAAUGAGGCGGACUUGAGGACGUACUUGGAGAAGUGGGACAAGACCUAUUGGCCUACUUACAAGGUGUUGGAUGUGUUGCAGAAGGUGUUCUAUAGGUCGAACCCCGCGAGGGAAGCGUUCGUGGAGAUGUGUGCGGAUGAGUACGUGCAGAAGAUGACGUUCGAUAGCUACUUGUACAAGAGGGUGGUGCCGGGGAAUCCGUGGGAGGAUUUGAAGUUGGCUGUGAAUACCAUUGGGAGCUUGGUUAGGGCUAAUGCACUUAGGAGGGAGAUGGAGAAAAUUAAUGUAUGAAAGGAGGAAGCCUUGUUGGUUGUGUAAUUUUAUGUUAUUUUUUGUACUUUUUUUUUUUCCUUGUGUAAUGAGGAAUAAACUCUUUGAAUCCAACAUAUUUGAGUGGGAAUUCCAUAUUUGUGUAAUAAGGUACAAUAUCAGUGUUAACUUAAAAGGCCUUAUUCUGAUUUA